AGUUGCGGCGCGCACGACUUCCCUUUCUUUCCCUCCUCGAGAGAGGAGAGAAAAAGGGUGGCAGAGGCAGGGCAACCCGCGUACCAGCCAAGCCAACCCAGCCCAGCUGCGUCGUCACCAUCUCCUCCUCCUCAUCCUCCUCCGGCUCGUCCGCCGCCGCCGCCAAUCCGUUGUUCCGAGAGGCGAAUUCUUUAUAUUGAAAACUGCUAAACACUCUCCGAUAAGUGCUGCCUGAGAAGCAUAAAGUUGGAGGAUAUUUGCUUUCAGGAGCAAUUCAAAGGAAGAUAGCCAGCAUUGAAUAGAAUUGUCUCGGUUUCUCAAAGUCCUCAAUGUCCAAAGUAUUGGAAAGAAGAAAUUCAUUUGGUGGUAGCACUCCUACGAGUUCAGCUUCAGGUUCAAGAAAGGAUGAGAAAACGACACCCCAUUACCUAAGAGCUUCUACAGGUUCUUGCCAUAAUUUAUGCAAAUAUGGACACAAAAAUCCUUUUGAGGAAGAGAAGAAGCUUUCAACUUCAGGAGGCAGAAGAAAGAAACUUCCUAGUCAUUUAAAUAAUUUGACGUUGCACAGAUCAGCUAUCUUGGAUAGAUCAAAGGAUGUCAGGCAGAGAAAUCUUUCUCUAGCCAAGUCGAGUAUAUCUCUGGGUGAAUCUGACCGCAUUGCUCCCAAGAAAACACAAGCAAAUUUGAAAGGAUCCUCUGAUCAUUUGAUUACACGCACUUCUUCAUCAGCUGAUCAUAAAAACGUGAACCUUGAUGGAAGAAAGAAGCAUCUAACAGUUGCACAGAAGACUUCAGCUGAUUCAGGAUCUUCCAAUGGAGUUCCUAAAUUUGACAAAAAAUCAGCAAUGCCAGUUAAGGGAACCAUAGUGCCUGCCAAGUUGAAGCUGGCAGAGAUGCCACAACUGGAGGAAUCUAGAACUAUGGAAAAGGUCACAACGGUCAAGCAAUCAUCAAUUAAGAGACCGACUUCAUUGCCUACUAAGCUUAACUUGAUUAAGCAAGUGCCCGUGCCAUCUCAGGUUUCUAGUCAUCUACUUUCUUCAAAAGCUAAACGUACUGUAAAGGGAGAGCUUACAUCUUCACCAGCAACUGUUACUGGUGUGCGUCGAAGUAACAGUGAUAAAACUGGAAGAAGUUCGAUGAAUUCAAGCAAGCCAAGUAUCAAUGGGAAGGAAGGCUUGCAUAUGGCCAGAUCAUCAUUCUCUGUAGAAUCGAAGAUGGAUGUUUCUGUUGUAAUACAAGAACAUGAUGUGCAAGAUUCAUUCAUAAGAGGUCUUCAUGUGGAGUCGACACUGGCAGGAGUGUCUUCAGAUACCACAGAAUGUGUUGAUGAAUCUAGAUCAGCACCAGAAGAAAUAAUUAGGCCUGUGUCAGGGGAUGAUGGGAUGGAAAGCAAUCGGAAGAAUGAAGCAUCAGGAGGGAAUGAAGAACCCCUGCAGAGCUCCAUUGUAACAGGCUUGCUGCAAUCAUCGGAUGAUCAGCAACUCAAGAAUGCACUGAGCAAUUUAGAGGCAGAAGAAAACCAAACAGACGAUGCUUCUCCUUGCCAAUCAUCUAAAAACUCGAUAGCUGUGGAAAAUGCAGUUCUGGGCGACUCUCUAUCAACCGAAAAUAGUUCAGAAAUUGAAGCUGAUGGAGUGAAAGCCAACGCUAGCAUGGAGUCUCAAGACGCUGAAGGUAAUGAAGAAGAGGAAGCCCAUGAAGGCCUUCAAGAAUCUAUAGAACAGUUGGCACUCGGUGAAAAACAUGCUAAGGAGCCUGGAUCUUUUCUUGGUUCCACCUCAGGAAAUACAGUGGAAGAUGUCAAGGCUGAUGAAAUAUUUGAGGGUUGGACUAAUAACAGUCCUUCACACUGCCAACCAAUUUCAGAAACUUCAUCAGAUGGUGAACUUCUGGGGGAGCCAAAGUCUGUGCAAAUUCAACCAAGUGAUUCUACUCUACAAACAGAUGGGUUAGUGAUUUCUAGUACUGGCAACACCUUUGAACAGGAUGAACUGAAACCAGGGUUUUUCCUUCAACAGUCACCUGAAGAACUAUCAGAGGAUGAAUUUUACGAAGAGUAUGAUUUUGAGUUAAGUGAAUUAGAUGAAUCUGGUACAGAAGAUGAAGGACCAACGAUCAAUAAAAACAGCUAUGAUCAUUUAAAGGCUGAUGGACAACGACCAAAAAGAAUCUCAGCGCUUGAACAGGAUGAUGAUAGUGCCACACCUUACAAAUUGAAAUUUAAGAGAGGUAAAAUUGUUGAACUCCAACCAGACAGUAAUGGCCCAAGAAAACUCAAAUUUAGAAGAAGAAGUGCAAGUGAAUUUUCAAGCAGUGAAGGCCUGUCAGCUAGAAGAAUAUAUAAGAUGAAUAGCACAAUAGAUGCUGGACCUUCUAACCUAGAUGUGGAAUCUCCUGGUGUGAAACUGCGACACCAAGAUACACAAGAGAAGAAAGAUGCACAGGGGCUGUUUAAUAAUGUUAUAGAAGAAACUGCAAGUAAACUUGUCGAGUCCCGGAAAAGCAAGGUAAAGGCUUUAGUUGGUGCUUUUGAAACAGUGAUCUUGCUCCAGGACGGCAAACCCGCGUCUACACCACAUGCUGGCAAUUCACCACAUUUAUUUCAUGAUGACGAGGGAAAUGCAUCUGAGCAAGCUGCAUAGAUCAUGUGUGCCUUUUUAACAUUGCCAACUUGGCGGUCAUGUUUUCAGCUUUCUUCUUCUUCUUUUUUAUUUUUUUUUCUGAUCUGGAUUAAUGCAGAGGAUGUUGUGUAGCUUGUACAUUAAAUUUCUUUAACAAGUAAUAUUUUCUCAACAGGUUUAGAGUAUAAUAAGUAGUCAAUGUACUUGUAAAUAGUGAUGUCAGGUUUAUUUCAUUGUAAAUCAAAUGAGAAGUUAUAAAACCAAGUGUGCUUUACUUGUAAUUGGAUUUGCAAAUGCUAUAAGAGAGGUGAUGGCUUGGAGCUUGUUUACAAGCA